AUGACUCGUGGCGCUGUAGGAGGAGUUUCUAGAAAGUGUGUGGUCCAAGUUGGAGGCAAAAAGAUGAGUUUGCGCACAGGAGGUAUCCAACAACGAGAACAGGAUGCUCGUGAGCUCUGGGCAGCACUUUUAAAGAAACGAGAAUGCCUCCUGCAAUCUGAACUCGCUUCUAAAGCCAUCGCAAGUGAUGAUGUUGACUUUGGAAUGGAUUUUGAUGCUGUCCUCCCUCCUCCUGGGGAAGAAGCCCAUGCUCUCAGCCAUGCAGGAGAAGAGAUGUUGCUGUACCAGGAACUUGACCAGCUCACGAACGACCACCGAAAACGCUCUGACUUGCGAGACCAAAGUCAGCGUAUUCACGACGAAGUUCACUCAUGGUUAGAGCAAUAUGACGCAUUGUCAGAAGCUUUGCAAGCCUACCUUCAUGAUCAUCUGCAACCGCCUAUCUACUGA